UUGCAGAUCUCGUUUAUGCGAUAUUAGCAGACUUCAUUGCUUCUAGUUAUGUCUCACAGAGAACGAUUGCCAUCGAUGGAUUACACGGUCACAGGGGCCGAUUCCCUGGAGAGGAUCGCCGCCUCGCAUGAUUGCACAGUCGGCGAGUUGAUGAAACUCAACCGGAUGAGUUCACGCAUGGUGUUUCCGGGUCAGAAGAUACUUGUGCCAUUGUCAACGUCAGAUGAGGUAUUUGGAAAUGACACACGGCCAGUAGCAAAUUCAAGGCCUGCGCGACAAAUAUCAGGAGGUGAAAAUGCCGCCGAUGGUAUUCGUAAAGGACCUGGUGGUGCCGUACCCGCAACACAACAGCGAUCUCACCUUACCAAAGCGCAAAGUGUCCCAACACCGUCAAGUGAUGAAGUGGACUCGGAUUGCCUCCAGCGGUUUCUGAAGAUCAAGGUCAAACAAGUGACAGAAUCUGACGGAACCGUGUCAGGCACAUUGCUAGUCACUCCCAAUUGUCUUAUGUUUGAUCCGGAUGUCAGCCAUCCUCUCGUCAAAGAAAACGGGCAAGAUUUGUAUGGAAUGGUAGCGAACAUGGAUGAGAUAGUCUCAGUAUCGGUAUACAAAGAUGUCGGUGCGCUAACAGGCGACAAAGCAGAGAAAAAGAGAGAUAUAUUUGACCCAAAUCAUGUUCGAACCGAACCUCCUAAGUCUGAAGCGGUGGCCUUCCAAGGAGGCGAUAUCGAGCUAAUACCUGAAUCGGAACAGACUGGUGUGCCUGAGGAUCCGGUGCAACGAGAUCUGGCAGCGGUUGAACCUGAGGUAGCUACCGAAGCGGAGACCAUUGACAAGCCUGCAAAAGUCGGCAGUGAAGCGCACUUACCAUCAAUCGAUGAAGAAACUCACAACUUGAAAUCUCCAGAGGAUGAGAAGAACAGGCGGAGUAGUGACUUGAGCGAAGAAUACCCAUCGGUACAUCUGCGCAAUCGCUCUUCAUCAUCGCUGUCCACAUCGUCACAUGAGGAGCGACCUCGUUCUUACUCCGAGUUAGAUGCUAACCAAGCCUCUCAAGGCGGAUUUGGAUCUCGAUUUUCACCAAAUGUAGCCCGAAGGUCUUUCGGAAAGCUCGGACGAACACUCAGUGCUCGUGCAAAAUCGAUUCAAGGAACGGUCACGCAAGGUACGAAACAGGUUGCGCAUGGUGUUGUGACGCAUACGAAGAGUGCCGCAGACACGUUACAAACUGGAAUUGAAACGAGUGUCAAAGUUGUCGGUGGUGCUGCCAGUGCAGCUGCAAAUCAAGCAAAGGCCGCUGCUGAUGCUGUAGCGACAGUGCCAGGUCGGAUGGUAGAUAUGGGCACUUCACUAGUAUCCGAUGGUAUCAACGGCGUACAGGAGAUUUUCAAUGUGGAAGUCGAGGAACAACGUAGUCCGAGUCAGCUAAAAAGGGAACAGUCACUGGCUACUUUGGAAGGCCUCAAACAACGAACUCAGCAAGCCAGAGAUGACUCAAUGGCGCAAAACAAGCAAAGCAUGUUUUCUUGUGCCACGCCAUCUGAUGAGAUGUCGGAUCUCUUCCUUGCAGUGGACGAGCUCGUUGGGCGUAGGCAAUCGACUGAUGAGGCACCAUCGUCACCCACUUUACCCUAUUAUAUGGCAGUAAGACUAACAAGAAACAGGCGGAAGACAAGAAAAACCUCCCAAGGUCAUUCAUCAGUAAGCUCAUACGACGAGGAUUGUGCUUUUGGGAAUAAGCUGAAGCGAGAAUUUUGGUACGCAGUGCCGCGAUCUAAAGCUGACAAUAUCUACCAUUUUCUGCUGCAGUGGUCACCGGAUAAGUACGGCCAGGACACUACUACGACUCCAUUAGACGAAGCUUCAUCCACAGGUGCUUUAAACGAUUCGUCUCGAGACGAUCGUGGAUUUAUCGUACUGGAUUCCACCACGGAUGAAAGUCUUGCCGGCGACAGGCCGGCACCACUAUUCGGUUCUUCACUCCUGAAUCGAGAAUGGGAGCUGGUAACGGUACGAGAAAUGUGCCGUCGGCUAUCGCUCGACGAAAUCGAACAACUUGAAAUGCCCAUACCAGAAGGUGCGGCACAAUCGCAGAUUCUGGACGAGUUAAUGAUUCGACAGAUCAUGGACAUUCUACCACCACGAGCAGAAGGUUAUCCAUGGGUCAACAUCUAUAACUCGGAGAAGCAUGGAUUUUCGUUGACCACUUUGUACAGAAAAAUGAUCGAGUUCGAUGAAGACCUUUCACCUGUUUUGCUCAUCGUCCGUGAUACUCGUGAACACGUCUUUGGAGCAGUUGUAUCCGGCGCAAUUCGGCCUUCCGAUCACUACACCGGCACUGGAGACUCAUGUCUUCUGUGGCGAUUCCUCGGUGAAGCUCCACACACAAGGGAACUACGAAAUUACGCAUGGACUGGAGAAAAUCAAUUCUUCGUGAAUGCAUCCAAAGAUUCUCUUUCCAUUGGUGCUGGCGGUGGACAUUAUGGCCUUUGGCUUGAUGCCGACCUGAACCAUGGCCGAUCCCAGAAGUGCGAAACAUUUGACAAUGAGCCGCUAGCUGGCGAGAAGGAGGACUUCAUUGUGCAAUUUGUUGAAGCUUUUGGUUUCCGAAUGUAAAUUCCGCUCCCCUACGCUGGCGAGACAAGUCGUCCACGUUUGUCCCGUGCUUCCUGAUUUUCCAGGAAUCUAACACUAUGGCUGUAUAGAGAGAAAGAGUGAGAAGAGGGUUUUAUGUGUGUGUAUGUGACCCAGCCCCUCGAAAUCUGCCCCUUUGAGCACUCCGUUUCGAUCACAACGCCGUGUGUCAAAACCCAUCAUCAUAUUCUUCCUCAUUCCCUAAGCUCACAUCAUCAAAUCAAUCGAUAGCGAUCGAUAUCAGCCUGCAAUAUCAGCUACCAUUGUUGUUCAGAGCGCGUAUUACUGUAAUUUGUUGUUUCAAGUCUUGUUUUUCGCCACUGUUUUUCUAUUGCUAUCAACGCAUUGUUUGUGUCUAUAUUAUUUAUUAUAUAUCCUGUAAAAGGCAUUUUUACUCUAUUAUUGACAAAAUGGUGAUUACUUACCAUUUCGCCUCCGUUUGUGAUAUACACAGUUUGUUGCGUGUGUAAGUGAGAUUGUACCAGAUGUGUACUGUAACUAGUUGAGUGAAGCUUUUCAGCUAACUUACAAAAUUCCUACUCUUUUUGUUUUAUUAGUUAACAAACAGUUUUCGUUUACGCAAAUGCGUGAUAUGUGCCCGUACCGGUAUGAGUAGGACUAUUUGUUUGUUUUUGUAGCUCUUGUAUAACAUAGUCAAAAAAGUAUGUGGGGGCUAACGAGAGCGUAAAGCAACCGCCUCGUUGCCGCUUACCCGCCCUCUUGCUUCGCAAUGUACAAUGUAUACAACAUUGAGAGCGUGGUCAUGUUUCUAUAUACGUAUGUAAUGUGAUUUAUUGGUGUUAUUUGUUCCUCUCUUAUUAUAUAGAGUAAAAAUUCAAAUACA